AUGAUCAGUUCCAAGAUACUCUUAGUGGUGGCAAAGAAGUGGCAUAGCAGCAAGAGUAAUAGAGUUGCAGACAGUUAUAGCAAAGGUCAUUUUGUUGUCUGUACAGCUGAUGAAAGGCGGUUUACAAUUCCUUUGGAGUAUUUAAACAAUGAGAUUUUUGUCAAGCUGUUAGAGAUUUCCAAAGAGGAAUUUGGUCUUCCAAGUGAUGGACCAAUUACAUUGCCUUGCGAUGCGAUUUUCAUGGAGUACUUAAUCAUGUUAGUCCGCAAGGUUCCAUCUACAAGAACACAAAAAGCUUUGCUUAUGUCAAAUAUUUUCUACCAGUUUUGA